AUGUUAUUGGAGAUUCCUUUUCAUAUAUUAGAUUUGAUUUUGAGUUGUUUAACAUAUUAAGAAUUAAAAAGAAUAUAAUGGAUAGAUUAGUUUUUUGCUACAUACAUUCCAAGCAUUAUUCUAAGGACUAAAAAUUAAAUUAGCAUAUCUAUAUUUGAUUCAAAUAAAAGUUUGGGAUUGAAUAAGUGGUUAAAAUUAGAUAAAUUGCAUUUAAUCAUUUCUACAACAAGUCUAUAAGAAUUAAAGCAAAUUUUAAGAUAAAUCCCAUAAUCAGUGAAAAAAUUGAAGAUCUAGUUAAAUUAUGACCUAAUUAUAUAAGAAAGGUUUUAUUCUUAUAUUUCAAAAUAUUCUUAGUAAUUAAUUACUUUGAAAUUGAUUGCUACAGGGCCAAAUAUCAUUUAAACUAAGUAGAAGUAAAUUUAAUUAUAAAAUUAUAUUAGUAUAGAUUCAAAGUUUUUACAUAAUCAUUUUUAUGAGAAAAUGAGAAAUCUUAAAACAUUUCAACUUGAUACAACAAAUUUGAGUAAGAUUACAAAUGAAUCAAUCUAAAAUUAUUUAUUUUUUGCAUUAUUUUAUAAAGAUGAAUAGUUUCAAAGAUAACCAACAAUUUAAAAAAUAUCAUUUGAUUAAUUAGCUGAUACAAAUCAAAUGGAGAGAGGUUAUUUAUAGUAAAGUAAUUUCUAAAUAAAUACAACAAUAAAAAAAAUCACUUUGAAAUAAUUUGAUUAAGCAUAAUAAAUGAAUUUAUUGAUUCACUUAUAAAAACUAACAAUUUUAAUAGGAGAUCAAGUAGAAUCAAUAAAAUUAUGUUAACAUUUAAAUUUACAUACAAUAAUUGAAGGAGAUAAGAUGACAGCAUUUCUAAAACAUUUUAAUAAUUUAAGAGUGCUUUCACUUAAUAUGUAAACAAAAUUAAAUAUUUCUUUAAUAGUUAUAAUAUAUCAUUUGAAAUAUCUAAUUUUGAAUUAGAUGAAUUAGCAUAACUUAAUUUAAGAUCUCUUGGUUUAGCAAGUUUAAAAUAUCAUCAAUCACAUUUUGCAUCAUUAUUUUCUUUACUUCCAAAUUUAAUAAUGUUGAAUUUAGACUUUACUUCUAUUGAUGAUGAAUGUCUAAAUAUAUUAGGUUUAAUUAAUUAAUUAUAAAUAUAGGUUAUUUAACAAACUAUACAUAAUUAAAAAUACGUGGAUGUAGAAAAUUGACUAAUGGAUCUUUAUUGCCAUUUUUAGAAAAAUAGAAGUAUUUAACUUAGGUGGAUAUAAGAGGAGUAUUAGGAUUUAGUAAAAAGGCAUUUAGAUUAUUAACAAAGAAUAAUAUACUUUAAUAAUUAUGUAUAUCAGUAAUUUUAUUAAUAUUAAAUAAUUAGGAUAAUAAGAUAAAUAAUUCAGUAUUAGUAGAUCUACUUAAUAAAAAUAGUGGUAAUUUAAGACAUUUAAAUAUUGGUGAGUUAAUGAAUAAUUAAGGAUUGACUAAUGAUGUAUUCAAAUAAGCAAAAGAAAGGUAUUUCAAAUUUAUAAAAUAUUUAGAAAUAUUUGUCUGUUGAAUAUGUAAUCUGCAUCUGUUAAAUUUACUGCACAAAGUUUUUCAAUUAAAGUAGUCUCUGAUUUUCUAUAUCUAGUACCAAAUAUUUAAGUAUUGUGUUUGAAAAUCAAUUUUUAAAAUAUUAUGUUUCUGAUAGAUCAAAUUUUAGAGUAAUAUUUAGAUUUUAUUUAUAGACAUGAGUCCAUUUGCAAUAGUUUAUAGAAACUUACUUUAUCUUGUAAUUGUUUUGCACAUUUGAAUGUGAGUUAAAGGGAAAUACUAAUAUUUCAAUCUUUUCGUUAAAAAGCAAUAAGAUUAGACACUUUGACUCUGAAUGUUAGUGAUGGUGGAAAUGAAGUUGGUAAGAUAUUCUUUAAUUGUAUAUCAAAAAAGACUUAGGGACAUGAUAUCAGAUUGGUUUUACCAUAAUAAAAUAUAUAAUACAUAAUUUGA